AUGGCCACCAACGGCGACUUCUCCGACGAGUCCCUUCCCGGGAGUCCCAACCUCGAUGCCAACCAAGCCCAGGAUUUCGAGGACCAGGAGCCUCUUGACGCGAAGCCCCUCAAGUCUGCUAUGAAGAAGACCGACUCUGCGCCUAUUCAGCCUGCGCGUCCUUGGCUGCCUGAGCAACCCGACCCAGCGACUCUUGAUCUCUCAACUCUGAGCCCUUUGUCACCCGAAAUUAUCGCCCGUCAAGCCACCCAGAAUAUCGGCACAAUCGGCCACGUCGCUCACGGAAAAUCCACUGUUGUCAAGGCCAUUUCCGAAGUCCAGACCGUCCGCUUCAAGAACGAGUUAGAGCGAAACAUUACCAUCAAGCUCGGUUACGCCAAUGCCAAGAUCUACAAGUGCGAUAACCCCGCUUGCCCCCGGCCUACCUGCUACAAGAGCUAUAAGAGUGAGAAGGAGAUUGAUCCGCCUUGUGAGCGUGAUGGAUGUGAGGGAACAUACCGCCUGCUUCGCCAUGUGUCCUUCGUCGACUGCCCCGGUCACGAUAUUCUCAUGAGCACUAUGCUUUCGGGUGCCGCCGUCAUGGACGCUGCUCUUCUCCUGAUCGCCGGAAACGAAACCUGCCCUCAGCCCCAGACCUCCGAGCAUUUGGCUGCUAUCGAGAUCAUGAAGCUCAGCCAUAUCAUCAUUCUGCAGAACAAGGUGGAUUUGAUGCGUGAGGACGCUGCUCUGCAGCAUUACCAGUCCAUUCUCAAGUUCAUCCGUGGUACUGUUGCCGACAACUCGCCUAUUAUCCCGAUCUCCGCCCAGCUUAAGUACAACAUCGAUGCUGUCAAUGAGUACCUCGUUUCGUCCAUCCCCGUUCCCCUUCGUGACUACACCGCGAGCCCGAAGAUGAUGACUAUCCGAUCCUUCGACGUCAACAAGCCCGGUGCCGAGAUCGAUGAGCUUAAGGGUGGUGUUGCUGGUGGUUCCAUUUUGACCGGUGUCUUGCGACUGGAGGAUGAGAUUGAGAUCCGUCCCGGCCUGGUCACAAAGGACGAGCAUGGAAAGAUCCAGUGCCGCCCCAUUUUCUCCCGUAUCGAGACCCUCUUCGCCGAACACAACUCUUUGCGAUUCGCAACCCCUGGUGGCCUUAUCGGUGUUGGAACCCGCAUCGAUCCCACCCUGUGCCGUGCUGAUCGUCUGGUCGGCUUCGUUCUUGGUCACCGUGGCCAGCUUCCUGCCAUCUAUACUGAAAUUGAGGUCAACUACUUCCUGCUCCGCCGUCUUCUGGGUGUCAAGACUGCCGAUGGAAAGCAGGCUAAGGUUGCCAAGCUGGCUAAGAACGAGGUUCUCAUGGUGAAUAUCGGCUCAACUGCCACCGGUGCCAAGGUUCUGGGCGUGAAGGCCGAUGCUGCUAAGCUCAGCCUGACCAGCCCCGCCUGUACAGAGAUUGGAGAAAAGAUUGCCAUCUCCCGAAGAAUCGAUAAGCAUUGGCGUCUGAUCGGUUGGGCCAACAUUGUCGCGUAA